AUUCCCUUCCGCUGUGGAGAAAUAACUGCAGCAAAAAGAUCAAUGAUGUCCGCUAUUAUGUCCGCAUCCGUAUAUACUCUAACUGUAAGAUAUCCGAUAUGCACAUGUACACCAGGAAGAAUGAACCGGGACAAAUCAGGGGUGACCCAGGCUUGAGCAGCGAAUGAGGACGCAGACCCUGCAAAGCCAGCUGCCUGUCAACUCCCCUCUGUCGAGCUGUCACUUUGACAGCAGCGGCGGCAGCAGCAUAGCGGAUGAAGCACGGAGAAGUGCCUUGCACGGAUUGAGCUCCACCUGCCGACUUGACGUUAAAGGCACCCCCUUCAUUGCGUCUUCAACGGGGCGGCGACAUUAAAGGACAACGGCUUUCGGCAUCCCUAACGGACGGAGCACGUAGGAGGGAAGGCACUUUAGCCACUUGCUAAUCGCCGCUGCUAGUGCUAGCCAGCUAGCUUUCGGACUCGCUUGUUAUCAUAGCAGGCAGUCCCCGUCGGUGAAAUUAUCAGCGGCUAAUGCUAGCACAAUAAAAACAGGCUUUUGUAGUUUUAUUUCCAUGUGACGUCAAUUUAAUAUAAAUCGCUGCUAAACUGGCAUGCUAGGGCUAUGCUAACGCCAGCUCAGUGAGGCUUGACGUCGCAGGGGCGAGCCGAUAAUGCGGACUGAUGGACUGUUAGCUUCAGCAUCACAUCCUCCCCACGUUUAGUCCUCGUCUAGGUCGGGUCGGGCCUUAUGCUUUUCGCCGCCGGGCUGCGGUGGACAUUCGAUGAAGACGGAUUAGGACACUAGGCUAAAUGAAUAGCGCCGUUAUCCACUGAGUCGUGAGGUGGUGCCCGGAGUGCGUUUCUUUUUUUUUUUUUUUUUGAAGAUUAACACCCGCAGUAUCCAUAACCCGGUUUUUUGCAGCAAGCAUGGCAUCGGCGAGCAGCAUUGCCGCAUCCAUUGCGAGCAAGACCAAGACCAAGAAGAAACACUUCGUCGCUCAGAAAGUCAAGCUCUUCCGCGCCAGCGAUCCGCUUCUCAGCGUGGUUAUGUGGGGAGUCAACCAUUCUAUAAACGAAUUGAGCCAUGUUCAAAUUCCCAUCAUGCUCAUGCCUGAUGACUUCAAGGCCUAUUCUAAGAUUAAAGUGGACAACCAUUUAUUCAAUAAAGAAAACAUGCCUAGCCAUUUCAAAUUCAAGGAGUACUGCCCCCUGGUGUUUCGAAACCUCAGGGAGAGGUUUGGUAUCGAUGAUCAGGAUUUCUUGAACUCCCUGACACGUAGCGCUCCCUUGAACAGCGAGGCCCAGGGAAGAAGCGGGGCCCGUUUCCAUACCUCCUACGACAAGCGUUACGUCAUCAAGACCAUCAGCAGUGAGGAUGUGGCGGAAAUGCACAACAUUCUGAAGAAGUACCAUCAGUUCAUCGUGGAGUGCCACGGCAACACGCUGCUGCCUCAGUUCCUGGGGAUGUACCGGCUCACCGUGGACGGAGACGCAACUUACAUGAUUGUUACGCGCAACGUCUUCUCGCACCGCCUUUCCGUCUUCAAAAAAUACGAUCUUAAGGGUUCAACUGUGGCACGAGAGGCCAGCGAUAAGGAGAAGCAGCCGCCCCCACCAGAGGAUGUGCCCCCGCGGCCCAAAUCUGGUAACGUUCAGCAAAGGCUGCAAACACUGCGGAUCGCUACGCGCUUUUACUGCGCCAUGAAACACGUAAGAGAUGCGAAGGAGCUGCCGACCUAUAAGGACAACGACUUCAUCAACGACGGGCAGAAGAUCUGCAUUGACGACGAGAACAAGAAGAUGUUUCUUGAGAAGCUUAGGAAAGAUGUGGAGUUCCUGGCGCAGUUAAAGCUCAUGGACUACAGCCUGCUGGUCGGGAUCCACGACGUCGAGCGAGCCGAGCAGGAAGAGGUGGAAAGCGAGGACAACGAAGCCGAGGAGGAGGGCGGCGAGAGCGACGGAGGAGCCAUCGGGACCCCGCCCGACAGUCCCAGCAACACCCUGGACAGCACUAAGCCCCUGUCGCCGGGAGAGUUUGAUCCCACCAUUGACGUAUACGCCAUCAAAAGCAGCGACACUGCUCCCAGGAAAGAAGUUUACUUCAUGGCCAUCAUAGAUAUCCUGCAACAUUACGAUGCCAAGAAGAAGGCUGCUCAUGCCGCAAAGACAGUCAAACAUGGCGCCGGAGCCGAGAUCUCCACAGUGAACCCAGAGCAGUACUCCAAGAGGUUUUACGACUUCAUCAACACUAUUUUGUCAUAGCCCCCAGGGCGCACCAUGAGGCGCUGAGCCUCGCAGGGAAGGGAAGGGGGGAUAGUGCAGUGGAGUUCUCAGGUGGAGAAUUAAUUGUGCAGCAACGUCUUUGUAUAGGACUCUCCCUUUGCCCGUUCCCCCCCCCCACACACACCCGCGCCACAGUGUGGGCACCACGCUCUCGCAGCAGCUAAAAACAUUGUUCGUUUACAUUUUAACCUCUUUUUUUGAGUUGUAUUUGCGUUUCUUCUACGGACCUUGUGGAAAGCAAAACGUGUAAUUUGUUGUGUUUUUUUUUUUUUUUUUUUGUGGAAACGUGGCUUUUUAUUUGUCGCUUCUCGCACAUCAUCGUGGUGUUUUUUUUUUUUUUACGUCCCGACUCAGCAAUGAUGGAGGCGAAAGGGUCAAAAUCAGCGUGACGCCGCGUUUUUAAGAAAGUCAGCAACAGUCUUCCAAAUGGCGUCGGUGCAAGAACCGACAUUGACGUUUCGUCUCUCGUUCUUCUUGCUCCUGACCGUGCAAACCCGCGCUGUUUUUUGUCCUCUUCGGAAAAUGAUUAAGUACGACUAAGGGAAGUAUCUUUCAAGAAUAAGCGGUGAAAAGUAACUUUUUUUUUUUCGCGGGAGUCAUCUGCCAGCCCUGAACAGCACCUUAAUAAGUAAAAUAUAACAAAAAAAAAAAUUGCACUUUUUAUUUGUGGUUCAAGUCCUGUAUACAUCAGUUCUGUUACAGUUACGUAACUCCAUUACGUCGAGGAGCUGCAAGGGCUUACCUCCAUGUGGAGACCAACCAGCAAAGUAUUAAGAUCCGGAACAAAAGAACCACAUUGCAUCCUCAUUUUAGUUGCGUUUUGAUGCUCGCUUCCUGUGAGAUGCUCACUUUUAUGCAACAAACAAAACCGAUACACAAUUCACUCCAUCAUAAAUGCAGAUAUUUCUCUAAAAUAUUGAUUAUCUACUGCACUCCGUUGCGGUGCUUUACGACGUGUUACCGCAGUAGUUUGUUUACAGAGCAUCUAACGAGGAACCUUGUAAUAAUCAGGUUGUAACAGUUGCAUGUGCUUACUUCCUGCGUCGGUGUGUUUCAACGUGGUAAAACCAGAGCUGCAGACCCACACGUUUGUGUUACAGUAACACUUAAAAAAAAAAAAAAGACGGGAGUUUUACUUUUUUUUUGUAUAUUUUGCACACGAGGACAGGAACCAAAUGUUACGAACAACAAACCCCCCCCCUCCACGGUUAUCCAAUGCGGUCUUAUCAAGGGAAAUGCAAUAUAUACGUGUGUGCGUGUGUGAAAAGUGGUUUGUGAGCGUGACGUUGUGUAACGUAUAACCAACUAAAAACCAAGUAACGUAACGUUAACGUUCUCCUUGAGCUAUUUUAAACCCCUUAAAAGCUUCCAUCACGAUAUGUUUGUGUAGAUAUCAGAUUAUAUUCACAUUUUUAUAUUUUUACAUUGGAUUUAAGUCAUGAAUAAUAGUUGUAUUUUAAAAGAAUUUGCAAAAAUGGAGCCACCCUUUUUGGGAUGAAUGAUGAUGAUGGUGCUGUUGGUCGAUGAAGAAUAAUUAUGCUUGAAUUUCUACAAUGUGCUUAAAACAAAAGUUAGAGAAAAAAAAAUGUGCAUGUCACAGGACUAAGUUUCCUUAUCUUCUCUAGUCGGUGGUGUUGCCUGUUCAGGUUCUUUUUAUGUGUGUGUGUGUGUCUGUGUGUGUGUUAGCGUCAUAUAAUCCCCCCCCAUCUACCCACAUCAUGCUUUAACUGUUUUCAUUGUUACACUGUGCAAGAUGUGUGCCUUUAUACUCCGAAAUUAUUUAAUUUUAUAUUUUGUAAUCUUUUUUUUUAAUAAAUGUCAAAUGUUAUUUUGAUAAUAGGGUGUUUACUUUGCCCUUUACACCCCCCCCUCCCCCCCCUCUCUCUCUCUCUGUAUGUAUAGACUUGUUCAUGUUUUUAAAUGUUCAACCAUUCGAAUGAUGGGUGUUAAAACCAACUAAAAGAAGCUGUGUCCCGUUUUUGAGAUGGUGGUUAAGUUUAAUUCAUGUUCGCAAUCUGCCUUUUUAAUCUUGUGUGUGAGUGUGUGUGUGUGUUUACCGUGUGUGUUGUGCUCGUCCUGCCUGUCACACAUAUUUUUAUCCUGUUUUUUUUUUUUUCAUUGUCGUCCUAUACAAACUUGUGUUUUCUUGCUUCAGCUCAACUUUUUAUGUCACAUAGUAAACACACUAUGGUUACAGUGAAGAA